AUGUUUCAAAAGUGGUCGGGUAGAAUUCAAGAACAUUGGAAAAGUACAAAAUUAGCUCGAAACAUUUGUGGCACAAAUCGGAAAGAAACAGACAGUACUGAUAAAGAUAAUGGUGAUAUUUGUGAAGAUGGUGAUGAACUCAAGCGACGAUUACUGCCAACUUUGACCGCUACAUAUGAAGAGGGCGGUCAUAUAACGAUAUGGCGAAUGCCAACCGAAAUAUCGCAAUCACGAUUAGCUGGUCGUUAUAAGCCAUCUAAUGCUUGUACAAUAAUUGCUGUCAAAUUGAUUGAAUAUAUUUAUCGGGAAGGUAUUGUACUACGGCCUACUGAAAUGAGCAAAAGAAUUGGUUCCGGCUCGCGUCAACGAUCCCGAAAAUGGCCGUCGCGACUAUUUGCUGAAUUUGAAAAAGCACAACCAAUUACGCAUUGUUCAGCACAAUUAUUAAAUGCAUUUAUUAAUGCCAUCAUUGAGGGUAAUGAAAUACACGAACAACAAAUGGCAAAAAGACGUCCGUUCUGUUGUUGUAAUGAUCACCGUGUGGAGACAUUUACUAUUCCACAGGCAUUGGAAGGAUGUGGUAAUGUAUUUCAAGAAAUUGAAUUUGUUAAUGUACGCGGAAAAAUUAUUUAUAAUUUGAAGCCAUUUUUGCUAACGCCUAUAAAAAGUGAAUUUCUCAACGAUCACUUGCAAAUUUAUAUGAUACUUAUUUUAUUUGAACGAUCCGUUCUACUGGUUUAUGAGCGUGAAUGCAAUGCUAUAUUCUUGUUUGACACGCAUACACAUUUGAAUACAAAACAUAUGAAAACAGGAGGUUUGAUCGCUAUGUGUUCAGUGAAUAAUUUAGAUUGUUUGAUUAAAUGGAUGUGUAAAAAUAUUUUCCCGGAAACAGAUUAUAAACUGGGUUGUGAGCAGUCCUUCGAAAUAUCCGUAUUAACCUUCAAGGGUCAACUCCAUAAGGACGACCAUCCGCUAUUCAUUCCACGGGCUGUGGAAACAUUUCAUGUCUUUCCGAGGCAACACGUCGAUCAAACAUUCCAAUUGCAAAUGCAAAUGCAAUGUACUAAAACAAACGAAUCAAAAGCAAUUUCGAAUAAAUUCUCGUAA